UAGUUGUUAUCCCCCCACCCCCCAACAACAAAAUUUACCCAAUUCCCGAAAUUUUCCCCAAAUCAAAAUCCCAACCCAUCUGCCGCUGAAGACGCGGACCCGACCACCUGCGGCAUCGCCGUCGACUGUCCCCUAUGCUGCGUCGCCGUCGCCGUCGCUCUCCGCUGCCGCAACCAAUCGGUGAAUUUCACGCCUCUGCCGUCGCUUUUCCGAGAUUUAGCAUGGCUAGAUUUAACGUUUGGGUUUUAAUAAAUGCUGGUUUUACAGUAACUUUUUAUCAUGGAAAAUGUUAGGUAUAUGCUUGAAGCUAGAGAAGAGAUCAAGGGUGAAAGGAGUAUCAAAGGUGAAGAGAAGUUAGUGGAUUGAAGCUUGGUGUUGAACCUACUGUUUUGGGAAGCUUAUUAAGCCCACAGUUCAUGAGGAUGCGUGCAGUCUGCUUAAAAGCCCAAAGUCCAAAGCACAAUUUGGAGAACACAGGCAAAGGGUUUUAGGUUUUAAGGUUCUUCUCUGCCUUUCUGAUCGACGCUACUCUCUCCAUCUCUGCUUCGAGUUAGGCUCAUUUUGAGGCUUCUCUCGUUUUAAAAAUAGAAACAACUUCAGACCGUGCCUAACAGCCUUUGUUCGCUCUUUGACGACGAAAUUACCCUUUGAGUAUCGACUCCAGCCACCAUCCGUUUCUUCCAACUUCUUCUCCAGGUAAUGCUAUUCUUCUUUGGAGCCAAAACUCACUGCGUCUCUCAUCAAAAUUUCUUGGGGAAGUGACAGAAAAUUAGAAAAUAAAAAACAUUAUGCUCCCACUAACCUCAAUGGCUGUGUUUCCGAACUCUACCUCUGAACCAGUUUUUUCUUUCAAGCCAUCUCAGUUUCUUUCCCGACCACCACCAUCUCUCUCACUCCGCUUCUUCUCCGUCUCCAUCGCUGCUGAUAACCGCAACCCUAGUCAUCGCCUCUGGCACUCUUCUUCUUCUUCCUCGAAACUCUACAAUCCCAUCUUCGCUUGCCGCGCCUCACAUGACUCUCACGAGAUCAACUCCUCUCGCAGGAAGGAUGAUGAUUCUCCAGUUCAUGGUCUAUCCGAAAAGAUAGUUGGUGUAUUAGGAGGAGGGCAAUUGGGUCGUAUGUUAUGCCAAGCGGCUUCCAAGAUGGCCAUUAAAGUUAUGGUUUUGGACCCUUCAGAGAAUUGCCCAGCCAGUGCCCUUGCUUAUGAUCACAUGGUUGGGAGCUUUGAUGACAGUGCUACUGUUGAAGAAUUUGCUAAAAGAUGUGGAGUUUUGACAGUUGAAAUUGAACAUGUGGAUGUUGCCACUCUAGAGAAGCUUGAACAACAAGGAAUUAAUUGUGAACCUAAAGCUUCUACCAUUCGAAUUAUCCAAGAUAAAUAUCUCCAGAAAGUUCAUUUUUCUCGGCAUGGCAUUCCACUUCCUGAGUUUAUGGAGAUUAAUAAUCUAGAAGAAACCAAGAGAGCGGGUGAACUAUAUGGCUAUCCUCUUAUGAUUAAGAGCAAGAGGUCAGCUUAUGAUGGGCGAGGAAAUGUUGUUGCAAAGAGUGAAGGAGAGCUUUCUUUGGCCAUAGAUGUCCUUGGUGGAUUUGGUCGUGGCCUGUAUGUUGAGAAAUGGGCUCCUUUCAUAAAGGAGUUGGCUGUCAUCGUGGCAAGAGGAAGAGACAACUCUAUCCUGUGCUAUCCAGUUGUUGCAACUAUUCACAAGGAAAACAUAUGUCACAUUGUUAAGGCACCUGCUGACGUGCCAUGGAGGAUCAGAAAACUUGCAAAUGAUGUUGCAUAUAAAGCUAUAAGUUCAUUAGAAGGUGCUGGUGUCUUUGCAGUGGAGUUGUUUUUGACGAGGGAUGGUCAGAUUCUACUAAAUGAAGUAGCUCCAAGACCUCAUAAUAGUGGUCAUCACACUAUUGAGUCCUGCUAUACAUCACAGUUUGAACAGCAUUUGCGGGCUGUUGUUGGUCUUCCUCUCGGUGAUCCAUCCAUGAAAACUCCAGCUGCUAUCAUGUACAAUCUACUGGGUGAGGAUGAAGGGGAGCCAGGUUUCAGAGUGGCUCAUCAACUUAUAGCAAGGGCACUAGAGAUUCCAGGAGCUACUGCUCAUUGGUAUGAUAAGCCAGAAAUGCGAAGGCAAAGGAAGAUGGGUCAUAUAACUCUUGUUGGCCCUUCUGUUGGUAUUUUAGAAGCACGGCUGAAAUCAAUGCUGAGGGAAGAAGGUUAUGAAAAUCCAAAUGAAGUUGCACCACGUGUUGGGAUUGUAAUGGGUUCGGAUUCAGAUCUUCCGGUUAUGAAGGAUGCAGCUAGAAUCUUAAAUACGUUUGGUGUGUCUACUGAGGUUCGGAUAGUCUCAGCACACCGGACCCCUGAACUGAUGUACUCUUAUGCCUCCUCUGCUCGGGAGCGAGGCAUUCAGGUUAUCAUUGCUGGGGCUGGUGGUGCAGCUCACUUACCAGGUAUGGUAGCUUCACUUACACCUUUACCUGUUAUCGGUGUCCCUGUCCGUGCCUCUACAUUGGAUGGAAUCGAUUCACUCUUGUCAAUCGUGCAGAUGCCAAGGGGUGUUCCUGUUGCAACGGUUGCAGUAAACAACGCUACAAACGCAGGAUUGCUGGCAGUAAGGAUGUUGGGAGUUGGUGAUGCUGAUCUAUUGGCGAGAAUGAAUCAGUAUCAAGAAGACACAAGGGACUAUGUCUUGACAAAAGCUGAGAAGCUACGGAAGGAUGGUUGGGAAGCUUAUUUAAAUCAGUAAGAGUAACGGCUUACUAGAAUUUCUGCUGGGAAUUCACACCAUAAACAAUGAGAUCAAAUAACAACCCUGUCAUGAUCUUUAGCUAAUUUACUAAUGGACUGAGACACCAUAGCUACUACAACCUGUCCAAAACUGGCAUUGGUUCAGUUGGAAAGUACCAACAAUGCAAGUGAAGAAUUGAUGGGAAGAACAGGUGAAAGUUCAUCGCAGAAACCUUUUUUUGCUGUAAAGAUUAUUCUUUUCUUGUCUCUCUUUUUGAGUUUAAUAACUUGAAUUCAUCUAUAUUUUUGUUGAAGUGCAGUAACUUGUUAUUUGUUAAUGGAGAUUUAUUUCAUGUUCAAGACACUGGUUUGUACUGAUUUAUGAACUGCAUUUUGAAGCAAUAAAAAAAAAAAGAUGAUUUUCUGCAAAA